GUUUCUUAUAAAGGGAUUAGCAAUUACACUCUGCCUUAAUACGCUGAUUAUUUAUGUAAUCUGAUGUUCUCGUUAAACUUUCCCUGUGUUUGAUGUUAUAGAUGGUACAGGGAGAACAUAUCCCGUGCGGAUGCAGAGAAUUUACUCAUGGGCAAAUGUCUUGGAUCUUUCAUCAUUCGAGGCAGCCAGACCUCCAAAGGGGAAUUCUCAAUCUCAGUCAGGUACCGUUGUAAAUCUUUUUUCAUAUAGAUAUAUAUGUUUUAUUUAUUUUUUAAAAUCAUUUUCUUUUCUUUUUUCUUUUCUUUUAAAACAAUGAUGUUUACCAGGAGGGAUACAUUGAGAUUUUGCUCUCACCAUUGUAUCUUGAUUUGUCAUUCACAAAUUUAUAGAGAAUAUGAUAGCAAGUUGUCAUUACUCAAAAGGUUGCCUACCCCAGAUGUAUGAUUUAGAUUUAAGAUAAACUAAUGUAGAAAAUCCUACUUUUUUAAAACUAUUUUCCGGUCACAUUGCUGGUUUCAUUCAGUGGAUGCCAGCCACACAGCUGGGUGCCAUUAUCUAUUGAAAAGUAAAGUGCUUUACUUUUUGUGUCUAUGCAUCGUGUAUAUCCUUUGGGAAGGGAGUUAAAAGUGCUUUGGAGAGUUCCAUAGGUCAACAUAGGUUGUUUAUGAGGACGAUGCAGUAUUGUCUUCUCUGCGACCUUUACGUGUGGAUGGUGAGUCCAUUAGUGUAUAUAGUUCUGCCAGGAGAAGGAGAAUGCACUGAAAGAUGGGGUGAAGGGCAGGUCAUGGAAAGUAAAAAGACAAAAUGUAACUCAAAAAUAAAUUGAAGCAAGCUGACUAUAAACUUGCCAUGGUUUUUUAAUUUCUUUAUAUUGUCCACAUGUAUGCUUUUUCUUAUGCACCACCUAUCUCUCCUGUAGUCCUCCUCAUGUGUUUCCUUGGUCCUUUCCAAAAACAAUUCUACAGAUGCUUGUCUGUGUUUUAUUGCUGUGAUAUUACUCUGUGAUAUUCUCAAUGAAACACUAUACGUCACAGGCUUGUAAUGCUGGUGAGGAGUGUUAUCAACAAGCAAAGCCACAAUAUGCCCCUUUUCGACUGAUACCCAAUUGAAGUGACAUUCUCUCAUCCUCUUUUCUCACCCCCAUUGCCAAAACGUACCUACAGAAUGUCUCCAGGGCAGAACUAUUCCAAUAUCUCAUCUUGUAUGGCUUUUACCAUAGCAUUGAAUCUCUUAAGACGGUCCUCUAAAUUAAUCUAUUUAAGCUAGCUUAUCUUCUCCCUGGAUAAUGUAAUUCCUCUAAGCUCCAAAAUAACUUUAGCUAAGCAAAAAUACAGUGAUUGUUCCUUUAAACCAGUACGACCCUUCUCUAUCAUAAUAAAUAGCUUGUUUCACUCUGUUCCUCCCACUCUAUAGUUUUCUUCCACACUCCUUCUUUCAUUAGUGUAACUAGAUGCAUGCGUAAUACCUGGGGAUCUCACCCCCUCCCGUUUUAAACGCCUUCAUUUUGUACCUCACCAUGUAAGCUCAUUUGAGUAGGACCCUCUUCAUCUUUUGUUCAUGUUAAUAUUUACUGUCUUCUAUUUGCCACUUAUAUCUAUAUUAUACUAUAGUAAUACUCUCUGGAACAUUUUGGGGCUAUGUAAAAAAUGACGUUAAUAACAAUACUAAUAUCUGAUUUGAAAGGGCAUAUUGUGUUCAGUGAUCUUUUGUUAAAAUAAAAGCAGCAAUGUUGAAACUAUUCUAUAUGUAUUGCCUUUAAAUGAAGUACUUUCAAUUUACUUAUUGCAGCCCUUCCCACUGAUUUCAUUGGUGCAGCAUUUGGAACACAGUGAUGAUGUCAAAGCUGCCAGGCUCAUUUAAAUGUGACAUUGUAGCAGCCUUGACGUGUUUUCGCCUUGCAUGAUUGUGCUAGUUUUACAGUUGGUCAAACUAGCCUUUUUUUUUCUUUUUCCAGAAAUACAAAGCAAACUAUUUAGCCUAUUGCUGCAGUCUUGCAUCUACAGAAAAGUGAUUGUGAGGUUGCUUAUUAUAAAUUUAUAAAUAGAAUCUUUCUGUUUUUUUUAGGAGUCUCCAAUUUAACUUGUAAAAUUGUGGCCCACAUUGAACAACGUCCUUCAUUAAAUACUCAUUGUUUUAAUGCUGCGUCUGACAGCAGAAGGGUUAAUCCCUGCCUGCUCUGUUCUUCUCGGAAAGCAGCUUCUCUUCUCAUUACGGAGAGAUCUCCUUGUGAUCCCUGCAUUCUAGAACGCGUGGGCAACUGUCAGACAUAAGCCCCCAGUAACAAGUCUGAAACGCACGGGAGCUAUGGAGGCAAGGAUGAUAGUUUUAUACAUGCCUAGCAUACACCCGUGAUUAAAGUGCUGCUUGUACAUUUGUAAUGGGGCAAAUUAAUGUCAUGGACUAAGACAUCAUACUGUGACUGGCACUUACACCUGUGUUCUGUUAAGUAGAAAGAGAAAAAGAAGGAACUUUCUUGGGUUACUUAAUAGAUUAGAAAGGCUUAUGCCUUUACACAUUACAGUACAGAUGCCAGAGGCAAAAGAUAAUUGAUAUUACUGCUUCCCAAGUGGUUGCAAAGGCUGCAUUGUGUUUUCUGCAUUGGUACUGCAAUGCGAGUACUGCAAUUUGUAUCUGUACUGGGAGUUUUUUUGUGAUUUUCCUAUCUACCUAUAUAUCGGAAAUACCAGAUAAAAUACAGCAGUCAUUUACUAUCAACCCAGAAAAGGCCAGAAAAAUGCUGUUAAUACGACUACUAAACACUUGCAUAUUAUCCCCGUCACUCUAGGGAGGGCUUAUUAGUUAUAGUAUAAAGUCUAAUAUAUGAAUGAAAUAAAACAAAAAUGUACGUACUCACUCACUUACCAAAACCCCAUAUACAUGUUUUAAUAACAGUGGUUUUUAACACCAGUGUGGAGUUUAUUUAUUGUAAGCUCAUCUAGGUAACUACUUAUAACUAGAUUUUAUAACUUACUAUUGUACACCGAUGCAAUACCUGUUAAAAGGUGCAAAACUCCCCAUAAGAAUUGAAUAAAUACAUGCUUCCGUAAAGGUAUAAUAUAAUGUGGGCUAUCCAAUCACGGGGAUAAAUCCAAUAUUUUAUUAUUUUUUUUAAAGUCACAAUUACGCCUCAGUGGUGAUCGAUUAUUGAAUUUCACACCAAAGGAAAGUCAGUCCCACUAAUGAACAAAACCAGCGCAAGCUUUUUGGUAGCUCUCAAAAUAAAACAAUCAAAAAAAUCAGAGACAAAUCAUGUGUGCCUCCACUGAUACCGACCAACAUAUAGCAUUUACCAUUUUGCACACUGGAUAAAUAUCAAGAAAAAAAGCAUGGAAAAGAGCCCGGUGUUUUUAUAGUCACUACAAUCACUGUAAUCACAUUCAGCUUUAUUCAGAUUUAGAUGCAUCUUUAUUAUCACUUUACAAUGUACAUACAAGGGCAAAUGCAGCAGCAAUUAUUAAAAAUACUAUAAAAAUGUACUCUUUUACAAUCUAUGCUUAAUACCAUAAUUCCUCUAGUACUUAAAAAUACAAUCAUCCUUCUUCAUUGAUACCAAUUUUAAUCCUAAUAAUACAUUGACUUUAUACAAUCGUACCACCAUAUACAGAUUCAGCAUACAACCCAUGACCUCAAUUUAAGUGAAAAUUCUAUCCCAUAAAACCCAUAUACAGUUAAUACAUCUAGUGCAAAUAAAUCCCAAAUCCUUAACAAUAUAUAUUUAUCAUGUGACAUAAAGGGCUUAAUGGGAGCCCACAAGGCCACAUGCAUAAAGUGCAAAGUGUAAGCACACAUGGUAAGUGAAAAUGUAAGCACAUAAAACGUGCAAAUACAAAAAGUAAACACAAGUCAUAUGCAAAAAAUACAUAAUGCACAUAAAGUGCAAAAAUGUGAACACAUAAUCAUGUGCAAAAACGCAAUCACACCGACCAUGAGCAUAAGUGCCAAUGGGAGCACAAUAAGUGCAAAUGUGGCACAAUGCCACCUAAAUAAAGUGCACAUUAUAUUUUAGACAAAAACAAGUGCAAGUAAAACCCACUUAAACAAAGCUAUUCGCAAACCUGCGAGUCCAACAAUACGGAAUCCUAUGGCGUUUCCCUGAGGGAAGAAGAUUGAAGAAUCCAUAAUUGGGAUGAAAUGUGCCUUAAUGAUUCCUCUUAUUCUGCCAGCAUAUCGAGUCUACUUAUUGAAGAAUCUUUAUAUCAGCUACUAAACAGUUACCCAGGGCGUACCUAGAGCAUUUGGCACCUGGGGCGGGUCCUAUUUUUGGCACACACACCCCUGCUCCCACACUUUAAAAUGUAUAAAACAACUACAAUUUAAAUUAAAUUUUUUAUUUAGCACUGAGCAGUGUUUGUGUGUUUGAAUGUUAGCAUGUUUUUAUAUGGAGUAUGUGUGAGUGAAUGCAGGGCUGUGUUUGUAGUGUUGUUGUUUGAAUGCAUGCAUGCAUUUGUGUGUAGUGUGGUUUUUGAAUGCAGUGGUAUGGUUAUAUAUAACCAUAUAUACUUAUGUGAGAUUGCCAUAUUCAAGGUGCUAUCUGCUAAACAGCACCCUAAUUUGGUAUCUUUAAAUAUGGAAAUCUCACAUAAUUUAGGGAAUUAUCUACUAAACAGCUAAAAAAAUUUACAUUAAAAAAGCCUUUUUCUUAAUUUUAAUCUUUCAAUUGUUUGGUAUAUAACUCACUUAUUUGUUAUCCUUGUGUGAGAUUGCAAUAUUUAAGGACACCAAAUAAGGGAGCUAUCUACUAAGCACAUUUAUAUAAACACACAAUAACACAAUAGACGUAUGUCUGUGUGUGUGUACAUCUGUGGUUGUGUAUGUAUGUAUGUGUGUAUAUAUUGUGACAGAAAGCAAGGAAUUGUGCUGGAAGGAACCUAUAUACCUCCCCAGAUUUUGCAAGGUUCUUACUUUGUGUAAUUAGCCCCAGGGAAAUGUGUUAUGUUCUAAUGAAUGUUGCACUUUAAAUAUGUGUAUAUUUGGGCCCUGGGGUGGAGCACCUGGAGAGUAGGGUGGGCCAGUGCUCCACUCCACAUUUUGGAAGUUGCUUGGUGAGAAGUCCAGUUCUGGAGUUUGAAUCCAAGGAUUGUCAAUUACCAGUGCUAUUAAGUACUCCCCUGCCAAGGAAGAAGGGAGAUUGUGUUUGGUUUCUGUGAGUGGAAACAGAGAGCUGAAAACCCGGAAGCAGUAAGGCUGUUUAUGUUUAUGUUUAUGUUUAUGUUUAUGUUUAUGUUUAUGUUUAUGUUGGGAAAUGGACAAGCCAUCCAACCCAGUUAGCUGAUUAUUUUGUUUAGUUAGUGCUCAGAAGAGCAAGGCUUUUGUUUGAUAUAUUUUUGUUACCUUUAUACCUUACUGUGCAUUUCUUUUGGAACCUCAAUAAAAGAGCAAGUCAGUUUACCUCAUCCAGCGUGUGAAGUGUCUCUAAAGCCUGAAAAGACUGUGUGUAACACCCCAAUCCCAGGACAAGGUACCAAGGGAAAGGAGUACUUUUGUCACAUAUGGUGGAGAAUGCGGGCAGCACACGGCAAAGUCUGUAAGUAGGGAGAAAGAGACUGCUGAGAAAAUGGAGGAUGUCAUGAAAGCUUUGCUCCAGUCCACUGCUGUACAGCAAGAGACAAACAGGAGGACUGCAGAGACUAAUGCAAUACAGCAAGAGAGCAUUUCAAUACUGCAGCAGCUUGUACUGGCUCAAAAGGAAAAUACAGAUGCUUUAUUCAAGCAAGUUGAAGCAACACAGGCAGCAGCGCAUCAAGUGCUCAGAGAGGAGCAGCAGCGUGCCACAUGUGUCAUACAGCAGGAGAUACAGAGUCUAUCACAAAGGCUGGCCAGGGAUGCCACAGACUUACCACAAUGUCCAAAGGUGAUCAGAGUGAGUCACUACUUGCAAAAGAUGGUAUCCACAGAUGAUGUAGAGGCCUAUCUGAUGGCAUUUGAGCGAACCGCUGAGCGAGAAGCUUGGCCUGAAGCGGAAUGGGCAAGUCUGCUAGCACCGUUUCUUACUGGUGAAUCCCAGAAAGCAUACUAUGAUCUGGAACCAGCGGAAGCCAGUGACUACAAAAAGCUGAAAGCAGAAAUACUGGCACGCCUGGGGGUGACAACAGCCGUCCAUGCCCAGAGAUUUCAUUCAUGGACUUACAGCCUGGAUAAAGCGAUUCGUUCCCAGAUGUUUGACUUGAUACACCUUGCCAGAAAAUGGUUGCAGCCAGAGAUCAACUCACCCAGCCGCAUUGUGGAGCAACUGGUGAUGGAAAGAUUCCUAAGAGGCUUACCUAUUGGGCUUCGUCGGUGGGUCAGCCAGAGCAAUCCCCAAACAGCUGACCAAUUGGUUGAAUUGGUUGAACGGUAUAUAGCAGCGGGAGAACUGCUUCAACCUCCUGGCCAAGAGAGACCCAAGAAUCCGAAAACCUACAACCCCAGCAAAUCUGGUAAGACUGUUCCAGGGAAAAGGGGGUCUUUUGAUGAGAGAACAGGGUCUUAUUACCCAAGAGACAAUGUUAAAAGAGAAAAAGACUUUGGGAGGUGGGAAGAGCCUACAAAUGAAUCAAAAAGUACUAAUUAUGGUAUAAAAUGCUUUAAAUGCAGAAACUUUGGACAUAUUGCAAAAGACUGUCCUGAAAAUGUUGAACCAAUGGAGUGUAAUUUUGGUAAUAAUUGGGAAGGAAUUGCACUCUAUUCGCAGGUCUGUGAAAAAAAAUGGUUAUUUGAAUAGUCACCCUGGGUGUACCGUGAAUGUGGAGGAAAAAAAUAUACAGGCAUUGCUAGAUUCAGGGAGUAUGGUUACCCUUCUAGACCAAUCCUUAUUACAGGAUACUCAUAUUGUUUACUCUGGAAAAAUUGAUAUUGCUUGUGUACACGGGGAUAUACAUAACUACCCUACUGCAGAUAUACUUGUUAAAACCCAGUGUGGUACUGUAAACUGCAGAGUGGGGCUGGUACCAAAACUGGCACAUGAGAUGAUUAUUGGAAGGGAUUUUCCCCAUUUUCUAGACCUAUGGGCAUUUUUGGAAACCCAUCAGGUGAACAGAAUGAUGAAUUUCCUUUUGCAGAUACUCUGGCAGAUGAGAGAGAUCAUGAUGAUGAGCCUAACAGUAUGCAGCACUCCCCUGUAAAAACAUUAGUUGGUGAAAACCCAGAACAAACUAAUGCGGGACCUUCUAGAAACUCUGAACCAGAUAUAGAGUUAGUUGAUUUAGAGGUUAGGCCUGGUAACUUCAGAAGUGCACAGUGGUCUGACCCAACAUUAUUGGUAGCCAGGAAUAAUAUUUCUAUAAGGAAUGGAUCCCCUGUCAAUCCAGGGAAUUCUCUUACUUACCCUUAUUUUGAAGUGGAUAAUGAUCUGUUGUACAGAGUUGAGAAAAAGAGUCCGUUAUUACAAAGCAGCUGUUAGUACCACAAGCCUAUUGGCGCACUGUGUUAAACCUUGCACAUAGCCAUGUUUUGGGGGGUCACCUAGGGGUUGACAAAACAAGAGAGCGUGUUUUGAGGAGAUUUUACUGGCCUGGAGUAAUUGCAGCUAUCAAAAACUACUGUUCGUCAUGCCCUGAAUGUCAGGUCACUGCGCCCUUUACGGCUUACCGUAGCCCUUUAGUACCCUUGCCUAUUAUUGAAGUGCCUUUUGAACGUAUUGCUAUGGAUUUUGUGGGUCCUCUGGUGAAAUCCAGUAGGGGGCAUCAGUAUAUAUAUUAGUAGUACUAGACUAUGCUACCCGUUACCCUGAGGCAAUACCUAUGCGCACAACCUCAGCAAAGUCCAUUGCUAAAGAGUUAAUGAUGAUGUUUAGCCGGGUUGGGAUUCCCAAGGAGAUCCUAUCAGAUCAGGGUACUCCAUUCAUGUCUAAGGUUACAAAGGAACUCUGCAAGCUCCUUCACAUUAGACACCUCAAAACCUCUGUUUAUCACCCACAAACCGAUGGUUUGGUUGAGCGAUUUAAUAAAACCUUAAAGGCUAUGCUGUGCAAAGUAAUUGAUAAAGAUGGGAAAAACUGGGACUUUCUAUUGCCCUAUUUAAUGCUUGCCAUUAGAGAAGUACCCCAAGCUUCCACGGGUUUCUCACCUUUUGAAUUAUUAUAUGGCAGACACCCCAGGGGAUUACUUGACAUAGCAAAGGAAACUUGGGAACAAGAAGCAAACCCACAUCGCAGUGUAAUAGAACACAUAACUCAGAUGCAGGAACGUAUUGAAGCCAUUAUGCCAAUAGUCAGAGAACACAUGCAAAAGGCUCAACAAAAUCAGCAGAAUAGCUACAAUAAGGAUGCUAGAAUUCGAGUAUUUCAACCAGGAGACAGAGUACUAGUCUUGGUUCCCACAGUAGAGAACAAAUUCCUGGCAACUUGGCAUGGGCCAUAUGAGAUUAUUGAAAGAGUGGGAGAGGUAAAUUAUAAAGUAAGGCAACCAGGUAGAAGAAAGGAAGUGCAAAUAUACCAUGUCAAUUUGCUAAAACCAUGGAAAGAAAGGGAAAUUCUGGUUACUACAGAGGCUUCAACCUUCCCUGAUAAGUGUAAUACUGACCCCGAAGUAAAUAUCUCAGAGACCCUGUCAAUACACCAGACAAGGGAAGUUAAGGAGUUUAUUAGAUUAAAUAAAGAGGUAUUCUCCCCAGUCCCAGGAAGGACUAGCGUGAUUAAACAUGACAUUUUAACAGAACCAGGAAAAAGGGUCAAUCUCAAACCAUACAGAAUACCCGAGGCUCGUAGAAAAGCUAUCAGAGCAGAGGUUAAGAAAAUGUUAGAUCUUGGAGUCAUUGAGGAGUCACAAAGUGACUGGAGCAGUCCAAUUGUGCUGGUACCAAAGCCUGAUAAUACAGUACGGUUUUGUAAUGAUUAUCGCAAACUGAAUGCUAUUUCUAAGUUUGAUGCAUACCCCAUGCCUAGAGUUGAUGAGCUAGUAGAACGACUUGGGAGAGCUCGGUACCUCACUACACUAGAUUUAACCAAAGGUUAUUGGCAAGUACCACUCACAGAGCGAGCAAAAGAAAAGACAGCAUUUUCUACUCCUGACGGCCUAUUUCAGUACAGAGUUUUGCCUUUCGGCUUGCAUGGUGCCCCUGCCACAUUCCAAAGAAUGAUGGACAGAAUACUAAAGCCGCAUGUGCGCUAUGCAGCUGCAUACUUGGAUGAUGUUGUAGUACACAGUGAGGAUUGGGAAUCUCACCUUCCAAAAGUACAGGCUGUCCUUAACUCAAUACAAAAUGCUGGCUUAACUGCUAACCCUAGUAAGUGUACGAUUGGCCUAGAGGAAGCAAAAUAUUUGGGCUACUCUAUUGGUAGGGGACUAGUGAAACCCCAAGUUGCUAAAAUUGAAGCCAUACAAAAUUGGCCGAGACCACUGACUAAGAAACAGGUGAGAACAUUUCUUGGCCUCAUUGGCUAUUACAGGAGAUUUAUAUCCAAUUUUGCUACAAUUGGAAGCCCAUUAACUGACCUUACUAAAGCUAAUGCUCCAGUAGUGGUAAAAUGGUCCCCAGAGACGGAACAAGCAUUCAGAAAGCUUAAAGAAGCCAUUUGUGCCCAACCAGUGUUGUUAACACUUGAUUUUUCUAAAGAAUUUAUUUUACAGACCGAUGCAUCUGAUGUAGGACUAGGUGCUGUUCUCUCUCAAGAAAUUCAGGGUGAGGAGCACCCCAUAUUAUAUUUAAGCAGGAAGCUUAAUCCCCAGGAAAGAAACUAUUCCAUUGUUGAGAAGGAGUGUCUGGCUAUAAAGUGGGCGGUAGACACACUUAAGUACUAUCUCUUGGGAUGAAAAUUCAGACUAGUGACAGACCAUGCACCCCUUACUUGGAUGAGCCAAAACAGGGAGAAAAAUAGUAGAGUAACCCGCUGGUUCCUUAGCUUGCAACCCUAUAAUUUCUCCAUUGAGCAUAGGGCCGGGAGUAAACAGGGAAAUGCAGAUGGUCUUUCGCGGAUGCACUCUCUAAUGUCCAUGGUCGCUCGACCCUAUAGGUCUGAGCUGGGGGGGGGAUGUGUGACAGAAAGCAAGGAAUUGUGCUGGAAGGAACCUAUAUACCUCCCCAGAUUUUGCAAGGUUCUUACUUUGUGUAAUUAGCCCCAGGGAAAUGUGUUAUGUUCUAAUGAAUGUUGCACUUUAAAUAUGUGUAUAUUUGGGCCCUGGGGUGGAGCACCUGGAGAGUAGGGUGGGCCAGUGCUCCACUCCACAUUUUGGAAUUUGCUUGGUGAGAAGUCCAGUUCUGGAGUUUGAAUCCUAAUCUAACUCACCUGAAAAGGAUUGUCAAUUACCAGUGCUAUUAAGUACUCCCCUGCCAAGGAAGAAGGGAGAUUGUGUUUUGGUUUCUGUGAGUGGAAACAGAGAGCUGAAAACCCUGAAGCAGUAAGGCUGUUUAUGUUUAUGUUGGGAAAUGGACAAGCCAUCCAACCCAGUUAGCUGAUUAUUUUGUUUAGUUAGUGCUCAGAAGAGCGAGGCUUUUGUUUGAUAUAUUUUUGUUACCUUUAUACCUUACUGUGCAUUUCUUUUGGAACCUCAAUAAAAGAGCAAGUCAGUUUACCUCAUCCAGCGUGUGAAGUGUCUCUAAAGCCUGAAAAGACUGUGUGUAACACCCCGAUCCCAGGACAAGGUACCAAGGGAAAGGAGUACUUUUGUCACAAAAGAUAUAUAUAUAUAUAUAUAUAUAUACACACGUAAUCACAGACACGCACACACAUACAAUCACAGACACACAAUCACAUAAACAUAUAAUUAGACGGACACACACACAAUCAUCACAUGCAUACACACAUUUAAUAAUUAGGAGGUCCUCCCAACCUUCCUACUUUGCUCUGGUAGGGCUGGAGUAGAUCUUCAGUCCCUGGUGGUCCGUGGUUGCUGCUGGGAUCUCUGUGCUCUUUCUGCACAGGUCCCUCGCACACACUGUAAUGACACGGAUGCCAGGAUGAUGUAUGUCUCUGUGCAUGUGACUAUGUGUGCGACUGUUUGUAACUGUGUGUGUGACUUUGUGUGUGACAGUCUGCCUGUGACUGUGUGUGACUGUUUGCCUGUAACUGUGUGUGACUGCCUUUGAAUGUGUGUGUAACUAUUUACCUGUGACUGUGUGUGUGUGUGUGGCUGUCUUCCUGUAACUUUGUGUGUGAAUGUCUGCCUGUGACUGUGUGUGUGACUGUCUACAUGUGUUCCUGACCCUAAAGUGUUAAAACCACUACAGGUGGUCCUCGUUUUGCGACCUACCUUUUUCAUGAUGGCUCGCACUUACGACCAGCUCUCUCGCAGGGUGGUAAGUGCGUGCCAUCGUGGGAAUUAGAGGGAUUACCUGAUCUGCUGCAUUCGUCUAUGUUCAGGGACAUUUCCCCAAACAUAGAUGAACGCAACAGAGCAGGGAAUCCCUCUAAUCUAUGUUCAGGGAAAUUUCCCUGAGCAUAGAUUACAGUGAUUCUCUGCUCUUGUGUGUUCAUCUAUGUUUGGAGAAAUGUUCCUGAACACAGACAUGCACACCAGAGCAGGGAAUCCCUUAAAUCUAUGUUUGGGGAAAUUUGCCUGAACAUUGAUUAGAGGGAUUCCCUGCUCUGGUGCGUUCGUCUAUGUUCGGGGAAUUUUCCCUGAACACAGACAAGCACACCAGAGCAGGGAAUCUCUUAACUCCUCACUUACCGACCAAUUCGUUCUACGACCGGUUUGUAGGAAUGAAACCCGGCGGGUAAGUGAGGAGUGUCUGUAUUUAGGUGGCUUGCCACCUCUUAACCCCCUUAAAAGGUAGGAAAAGGUACCUUAUUUCCAAUGCCGCACAGGUCCACCUUCUUGCUUAUAUCAGAAUUAAAUGACUUCGGCUAAAAUCAGCAAGGAGGCGGGAUGGAGGUCGGGCCAAACGCUGGGUUGGCCAAUCAGCACCUCCUCAUAGAAAUGCAUUGGAUCAAUGCAUUUCUAAUAGGAAAAAUAAGUGUCUCCAUGUAGACGCUGAACGGCAGUGCUGUACACUGUGCAGCACUGCCCCAGGAUGCACCUCCAGUGGCCAUCUGCGGAGUGGCCACUGGAGGUAUCCAUAGGCUGUAAUGUAAACACUGCCUUUUCUCUGAAAAGGCAGUGUUUACAUGAAAAUGCCUGCAGGGAAUGAUUAUUCUCACCAGAACAACUACAAUAAGCUGUAGUUGUUCUGUUAACUAUAGUGUCCCUUUGAGAUUGAUUAUUUCAGCCAAUCCAAUGUUUUCUCAUAGGGAAAUUAAACUCUGCAACUCUAACUGUGCAAUCAUAACAUGCUGUAUCUACUAAACAACAGUGUUUUAGAUUACAGGUCACUCCAACAGACCUCUUAACAUGAUGAAGUCGCCUGUGGGCUUUAGUUGACCUUUAAAGGGAUAAUAUAGGCAUCAAAACUAUUUUACCUUAAGGAAAUAGUUUUGGUGUAUAGAUCAUACCCCUGCAGUCUCACUGCUAAGUACUCUGCCAUUUCUGAGUUAAAUCGCUUUUGUUUCUAUUUAUGGAACCCUACCUCACCUCCCCUGGCUCUGACACACACAGCCUGCAUGAAAAAAACUUUCAUUUUCAAUUAGAUGUUAACAUACUUUAGAAGUUUUUAACUGAGAAGGAGAUACAAAAUUCUAGAUUGAACACACUGUGCAAGAAUGGAACCUAAAAUAUAUAGCUGUACCUUGUAUAUAACUUUACUACCGGGGGGGCGUGGCUUGGACGUCGGCCGGGAUGGCAGCUUGAACUGAACGCUCCGCUCCACCGGCACCCAGAAAGCCCUAUUAAUUUGCUUUAAUUAGCUCUGAUGGGACGGAACCGACGCGGGGAACCGACUGGAACCCCCAGGGGUUCUCAAUCGAACCAGCAAGGUCCAAUGGACGGAUUCCUGCACAGCUCCGCAGACACACGCGGUGAGGCCUCGGGAUCCAAGAUGGCGCCCAAUCCCUCCACACCCGCAGCUGCCGAAACCCCCCAGGCUUCUACUUUGGAUGGCAUCGGAGAUGAACUCCGCACCAUAGCAGCCUCCAUGGCCACGAAAGCUGACCUCCUAUUACUCACAACAACCAUACAAGACGCCCUCCGGGCCGAAAUGGCUGGAAUCCGGUCGGAGGUUACUGCGCAGGGGCUCCGAGUACAGGAACUGGAACGCUCCCACGAGACCCACAGCACCAGGUUAGCAUCCACUGACACGGCACUAGCCAGGCAAGGGGAUAUGCUCCUGCAGCUCAGACGUAAUGUAGAAGAUCUGGAUAACCGGGGGCGCCGCUGCAACAUUAGAGUGCGCGGCAUACCGGAGGUGGAGGGCGAGGAGGACAUUGAAAGCACACUAACGGCCCUCUUCCACCUUAUUUUGUCCGAUGAUAACCCGCUGGACAUUCGAUACGACAGGGCGCACAGAGCACUGAGGCCACGCUCGCUGGAGGACGGCCCCCGAGAUAUCAUCUGCUGCCUGCAUUCCUUUAGUACAAAGAAUAACAUAAUGAAGGCAGCGAGAGACCGACCCACAUGGGAGUUCCGAGGGGCACACAUAACACUAUUUAAUGACCUGUCACCGGUAACCUUGGAAGCCAGGAGGGCCCUGAGACCCAUUACCUCGCUCCUCAGGGAACACAAGAUACAGUACAAAUGGGGCUUCCCAUUUGCCCUCUCCGCACGUCACCAGAACGGCUGGGCCUCGAUCCGCUGGCCAGAGGAAGUCCCCAGAUUUCUGGAGGACAUGGGACUGCCACCGGUACCGGUCCAAGACUGGAUCCUGGGACCGCUAGAUGCAGGUCAGAGACCCCAACGGGCACCCCGUCGCCGCAGAGGAAGAUCACCGCAGGGACCCCAGCCUCACCGCCGGGACAUGUAAAUAUAGCAACCGUUGCUCUGAGGUGUCAACCCGACAGGAAGGAUCUGCCUCCCCUCCCUUCGGACGACACCAUGACAUUGGCCCGGCAACACUAAUACUCUUGGGCUCACUAGACUCUCUGACACCUGGCCGUUUACACCACCCUUAACUAUCAUGACCACAAAUGUUAGGAGACUACCGCAUGGAUCCCGAGAGGGUCACGCUCCUAUCUGCACCAUGGACCCAUUUUCUCCAGGUAUGAAUACUGGCCCGACACACCCGCACCGGACAUACACUAGCUGACGGUGUCUCCCCGACACAGUCCCCCCCUCCCUGGCGGAACGUUAUGCCUCAAUACCGACUCACCUACCACUUGAGCUACUACCCCCCCCCCCGGUGACGCUGCGGGGAAACCCUGGCCAACUUAUUGGGUGGUGGGAACUUGGGGGGGUGAGGGAUUUAAGUAUAUGACUUUGGGUGUCCUCCCACCUCUACUGCAACCCUUGUGGACAACGCACACUGUAACUUGAACUGGCUUAAUCGGUUCACCUCGCUGGAACAUUGGAUACCGGGACUUUCACCAACCUGAUAAGUAACCUCCAUUGACAUAUGACGUCAUGAUCACCUGAUAUGUUGUUAGCACAAUAUAUUAUACAUACGCAUUUGCUUGUUAGGUUGUGGGACAUCCUGGGACGGUAAAUAGGGAGCUUGUGGGACUGCAGUGGCGGUGGUGCAGGAGGUGGGUGGGUUGUCAGAAGCACGGAACAUGAUCAGGACAGACAUGAGAAUAGGGAUGGGGACUAGAGACGACACUUCCCCUGACACAAUCAGCCACGACCUGUAUGUUACUUAAAUGAACACCACAAAAAGGGGGAGGAAGGCGAGGAAAGAUUGUUCGCACUCACAGUUACCAUAGGGAGGUUCCCAUAACUGAGAGAUCCACGGGAUGCAGACAGAGACCCACCCAUGUCCAGACCGGGCCAUAUUGAGCUGACAAGGGGCGUGGAGACCAAUAAUAUAAUGUAUUGACUGGGCAUACCUAGACCUUUACUUUAGCUUUAUGAUCCCUAACGGUCAACAUAAGGGUAUGUACGCUCCAUGGGGGCGACGCCAGGAUACGAGGUAGAUCCACCUUUGGGGGACACACGAAGGGAUGGCGAAAAUUGCUUUUAAAAAAAAAAAAAUGUGUUUACUGUUAUUAAUGUUUAGGAAUUAGCCCAUGGUUUGUUAUUUGGCUGUUUUCCAAACUGUUUGCUGCUUCACUUAUUUACGUCCCACCUGACCAUACACACUUGGGCUGGGACCCGGUUGGAGCGGGACACUUCCUUAUACUGUCCCUCUCCUGGUUUAGACUACGACCACGACUCUACACAUUCACUUGCAUGACUUUCUCGGCGGAGCCACAGGCCUGUCCACAUACCGAUCUGAAGAUCGGGGCAGUUUCUGGUCACUCCGACUGAGACGCAGGUGAACCUCCCUCGGAGGAGAAUUCGGGGUGAUCACCUCCCUCACCCCGCUGGGAACAACCCCAAGGGGGUGGCCCUUACGACCCACACCCCAUUUUAACUUUAACUUAACGCACCAUUUGCAACUUCAGCUAUCUACCCUAACCCCACUCACGAACACACACAUACACCGAACCACACGCACACUCCCUCCGACAACCGCGGUACACGUUCAGGCUUGACGCAGAUUUGGUGAGGCGACACCCACGUAGAUAACCGAUCACAGUCAGAACUGACAGGACACCCCGAUAUAUAUAUAUAUACGUACGCAACCCUACAUAAUCACCGCUUGAAUUAUUCGGGAGAACACCCCUGAUAGAGAGUUGACCCAUAGGGCCUACACGGUAGGUCUGACCCACAUCUCCACACGGGCGCACCCCUCGCUGCCUCGCGCGAAUAGUUGCGACCCAUGGCAUACGAUCGCGCCCCUCUGUCCGUCAUAACCCUUAACUGCAGAGGCUUAAAUUAUCCGGAACGCCGCUCACACUUACUAAGGGGCCUCCACAACAGACACAUAAAAAUAGCAAUGCUUCAAGAGACUCAUUUUAAAGAAGGGGCUGCCCCCAAACUCAGAAACGCUCGCUUCCCGCUGAGUUAUUGCAAUAACCACCCGACCGCCCGUCGAGCGGGAGUAGCUAUUUUGAUUGCUGCGGACCUUGGUUUCCGCGAAAUAGAUAGACUAACCGAUGAUCAAGGCCGCUUUCUCUUUCUAAAAGGAUUAAUAGCGGACAGGAUAUAUACCCUGGUGACUGUGUACGUCCCCAACUCGAACCAAGCACAAUUCCUACGAGGAAUGGUGAACAAACUAAAGGGAUUUUCGGAGGGAGCUCUGAUCGUUGGAGGAGACUUCAACGCCCCACUGGACCCCCUCUUAGACUCCUCCACGGGCCACAGCUGCAUCUCACAACCCCGCAUUAGAUCUAUUCGCAAAGCAUUGGGGGAACUGUCGCUGGUGGACUGCUGGAGGGCACUUCACCCAACGGACAAGGACUUCACACAUUACUCGGUAUUACACAACCGUUACUCUCGAAUAGACUAUGUGUUCAUUAAGCAAGGAGGAUUAUCCCGCCUACGAACGGCGACCAUUGAACCUUCCACUUGGUCUGAUCACGGACCAGUUCGAAUUGAGCUGGAGUCCCCACUAUUUAAGCCAACAACAUGGUCAUGGCGAUUGAACGAAUCCCUGCUCCAAGACCCAACAGUGAAAGAAGAGAUCUCUCAGGCAAUGGAAACAUACUUUGCGGAAAACAAUACGGAAGGGAUGACACCAAUAACGAUAUGGGAAGCGCACAAGAGUGUACUGCGCGGCAUUAUUAUUAACCUCGCAACCCGCAAAAGAAAAGAAGCAACUCGCGCGAUGGCGGACCUAUAUGACACCAUCAAAAAGCUGGAACUUCAACACAAAAGGUCGCAACUGAAUGAAACAUACAGUGCAUUGAUGGAAGCUAGACGUAACCUGACGGCCCUCAUCGCGAAAAGGUAUCAUCGUUCGCUCCAACGCUCAAAAAACUUCUUUUACACACAUGCCAACAAAGGCGGGAAAUUCCUCGCUCGCCUCUUGAAAGGGGAUACACCACGCACGCAAGUGCAAAAACUACACCUAUCUUCGGGUAAAGUAUCCCUACACCCAGAAGAAAUAGCGGAGGAAUUUCGAACUUACUAUCGCUCCCUAUACAACCUUCCUCACCCAGAGGCCCUGAUACGAGAGAGGGAUGUAUCACCUAACAUUCGAAUGUAUCUCCAGGAUACCAUAAGGAAUCAUAUAGACCCGGCAGCAGCAUCUGUGCUUGACGAACCGAUUGCCACGGAAGAUUUAGCAGCGGCUUUAAAAAAUACGAAGACAGGACGCGCCCCAGGACCGGACGGAUUCUCCACGGGAUACUAUAAAAUGUUCGCCACGACAUUGCUACCAUGGUUGACAAAGGCCGUUAACGCAGUGUCGGACGGAGGACACUUUAGUGGGGAAUCCCUGACAGCAACCAUAACAGUCUUGCUCAAACCCGGGAAAGACCCAGAACAAUGCUGCAGCUAUCGCCCGAUCUCUCUGCUGAAUGUGGACACGAAGCUACUAACAAAGGUGUUGGCGACCAGACUCCAACGGAUCUUACCGACCCUUGUUCAUGCUGACCAAACGGGAUUUGUCCCAGGCAGGGAGGCCCGGGACAGUACACUUCGCCUAUUUUCAAUACAACACCAUGCACGGAAAUAUCAGAAACGCCUUCUGUUGUUGUCCACAGAUGCAGAGAAAGCAUUCGACCGGGUCAACUGGGAAUACAUGUUCCGAACACUACGGUGGAUGGGCUUCGGGCAGAGAGUUAUGGCUUGGAUUACAGCUCUGUAUAGCACACCGAAAGCAGCAGUCCGCGUUAAUGGGGGGCUUACUACAAGCUUUGGAAUUGCAAAUGGGACCAGACAGGGAUGUCCCCUGUCCCCACUCCUAUUUGCACUCUCCCUGGAGCCGUUCCUACAAGCUAUACGAGACAACCACGACAUCCGGGGCUACUUGUGGCAAGAUGUAGAACACAAGGUGGCCGCGUAUGCGGAUGAUCUUCUAUUUUUUGUUUCCCAGCCCCGAACCACACUGCCAUGUUUACUAUCCGAGAUAGACAGGUUUGGUCGACUAUCAGGGUUUAAACUCAACUUGGCGAAAUGUGAAACAUUUAACGUCACCAUACCCGCGGAGGAAUAUAACACCCUUAGCCUAAUUUUUCCGUUUCGUUGGUGUACAGGGGCUAUGAAAUAUCUCGGCAUCUGGAUCCCCACGAAUCCCCAAGACAUCUACCAACGUAACUUCGAGACAUUAUUACGAACCAUUGAAACAGACUUGGCACGGUGGUCCUACCCACACAUCACCUGGCACGGCCGCAUUGCGGUCCUUAAAAUGAAUAUCCUCCCUAGGGUCCUCUACCUGUUUCAGACUAUACCAACAGCCUUACCGACCUCAUUCUUUUCGACACUGAAAUCAGCAGUCAUAAAAUAUGUUUGGAGGGGAGACCGCUCCAGGCUGCGACACGACAUACUCUGUAUGCCUCGACAUAGGGGUGGUCUGGCUUUACCAGAUUUUAGGAAAUACCAUCAAGCGGCGACAUUACAACGAAUCCUUGAGUGGCAUGAACUGGACACUACCAAACAAUGGGUUGCACUGGACCGAGAGGGAGAAGCGGCAAAAUUAAAAGCGAUGGUAUGGAUGCGACGAACAACCAGAGGCAGUAGAAGGAACGAGGAAGGACCCGUAGCACAGACGCUACUUUCCUGGGAAAACGUUAGGGAGCUGCCACAAGUUUCCCCAUCCCCCUGCCCCCUACUUCCGAUCCCGCACAACCCUAAUAUCGGGGGCGGAACGCCAACUGAAGCCUGGACAUUCCUAGGCGACACAGACUAUAUACCGAUAUGCAAGGUCACACAGGACGGCAACCUGAAGACUUUAGACGCGCUUCUGGAGGCGCGACCACGAUCUCCAAUGGCGACCUUUAGGUACAUGCAACUACAACACUACUACAACUCCCUCCCACACCGGGAAAAAUUACAUAGAGACCUGACGUGGUUUGAAGCCCUAUGUCACCGAGGCGCAUCACUUGGAAAAGCCAUCUCGCUCCUUUACCAACACUUACUCAUCAACCCGAACUCCGAAAAUGACACUUUCAAACACCGCUGGGAACGAGCCAUGGACACAACAUUUACUACCGCGCAAUGGGACAAAGCCUUGAUUUGGCAACAUAAGAGCUCCUCCAGCUCCCGAUAUCAGGAGGUGAACUAUAAGAUACUUUCCAUGUGGUAUAGAACCCCAGUACUGCUCCACCAAAUAUUCCCCGAUGCCACUCCAACGUGCUGGAGAUGCCAGGACGAGAGGGGGACUCUCCUACACAUAUGGUGGGAGUGCUCACAUAUCGUCCCAUUCUGGGACCAAAUCAAAACCGACAUACAACAGAUUCUGGGGAAUGACGUGGCUUGGUCAAAGGAAUUAAUUUUAUUACACAUUUCACAGCACUCACUAUCCGCAUAUAAAAAAUCCAUCUUACGUCAUCUACUGAACGCUGCAAAAGCACUCAUACCUGUAUACUGGAAGAAAUUAGACAUCCCCACUCGGGAGGAAUGGAUCCACAGAGUGGAAGACAUCAGAGCAGCCGAAGCCCUGCAGGCUGAACAGACGGGCAGGGGGGUGAGAUGCGCGGAGCUUUGGGCUCCGUGGUUCACAUUCCGCGCGCAGCGAUAGGGGGGUGCUGGUGGGGAACCGGGGCUGACCGGAAACACGGGCCCCGUGGCCUGCUUUCACACAAGACGCAUCCAACAUUGUCCCCUUGUGGGUAACAAGCACUGACGACAUGUCCCAUGUCCCCUCCAUACGAACAGGGAAGAUGAAGGGACACAAUUCGACAAGACAAACAGACGACCCCACAGACGCGCAUGAGACAUAUUCACGAACAGGAAUGACUCCCACGACUAAAUGGGAUACCACUGCUUGUACCUAUAAAGGGGGAAAGAGGAACACCAUGCUUACACAUUGGUCCCUAGGAUCGUAUGUCAUACCACCCCCGCAGUGGUAAACCGGUACCUAGUCUAUGAACGUGUACGGCGGCAGGAGGAUUCCACACCCCCCUCCCCACACAUGCUCCCACACGCGUUACUCCCUUACCCCCCUCCCGAACUUCUCAUACCCACCCACCCCACCCACAUAGGGCAUCCAGGCCCUCACAACUAAAAAUCCCCCAACCCCUUCCCCCCGCCCCCCCCCCAAGACUCCUAGUCUCUCGCAACACUGGUAUCACGCCACGACACACACCUGCUCACCUCAGGAAAUCACCAAAAACUCCUACAUACAUUCUUUCUUUACCAACAUUGACAAAUUUUACUAUAGUUGCGGCUCCAUGACUAUCAAUAGAUAAGACGACUUUACAUAUUAUCACAGAAUGUAAACUGAUAACGGAAUAAGAUAUAUAAGAAUAACGGAAUGAGAUAUUAUGCUAUGCAAAUAUGUUCAAAAUGUGUAUAAACACUGUUUCUAUGUUGUCACUAUUUUAUGCAAUUCUGUUGAGUUGGGCCUGCGUGCCCAUAAUAUGCUCCACUGGCUUGAUAAAACUCUAAAUAAACAGAUUAACAAAAAAACAAAAAACAAAAAAACUUUACUACCACCUCCCAAACCAAGCUAAAUGUAUGAAUGAGAACAAUAGGAAGACCAUAGAUAUUUCAGAUAUUAAAACUCGCCAGCAUCUAACAUGCUUACAGUAAAACAAAGUGUAGACCUACAAGCCGCUUGUACAAUGCCAUCUUUAUUAAAACAAGCAAAACAAAACAGACAAAAAUCAUCUUAUGUAGAAUGCUUUUUAUAACACUAAAAGGGUAGGGAAUAACAAUAUAUGUACAGAUGGAACAGAAAACAGCCCCGGGUCUUCUAACAUUAUUACAUGGCAUUAACCCAUGCAUUGGUAAAUGGUUGAGCAAUAUUUUCUUUUCUCUUUGAAAGGGUUAAACAUCCAUAGUUGGGUAUUGGGAGGUCAGGGCAGACAAUUUGAACACAUCAUUGUGUUAAAGCUCUGCAGGAGUUAAUGAAACAAACCUUUACUUCCUAAGCUACUGACCUUGCCAGAUCAAUCUCGACUUUCGGUUCAUGUAAUGAGACAGGGUCAUGAUGCAUCAUAGGGCUAUGAGCACGUAGGACGAAUAAUGAUAAUUCCGAAAAUAUAUAUAUAUACAUACAUUUUUUUCAUGCAACUGUUCUCAUUUCAGUAUAAAGAGAGACAUCUUUUGGUGGGCUGUGGAACCUCACUUGACUAAAACAGAAGCAUGUUUGUCAAAUUAUUUGCUAUUGCUGCAUGCACAAAUAUCAGCAUAACAUUUUUGUUUCUACUUUCAGUUAUCUAAAAUACAAAAAAAAUCUAUAUGGAAUUAAAGGUUGACUUUUUUUUUAAGAGACAGUAAGGAUGUCACAAUCUAGACACCAAGGCACAAGUUAAACUAGAGAGAGCCAGCAAUUGAUCUCUUCAGAUUCGAACCCUUGUACAAGUCAUUGGAUGGCAUUGAGAGGCCUGUCCUAGAUUUCAUUCCAUCACUAUUCUUCGUGUCCAUAGGUGGAGUUCAAGAAAUAGAAAAGAAGAGAACAGUGAGAGCGAACAACAGCUCAAAUAGCACCAACCUGUGGGGCGCAUUGUCCAGAAGACCUGCAGGAGCUCCCCAUCCAGCCAGUCACCACAUGUAGCAUGGCCACGCAGACCGUGGAAGAGGAUCUUGUUUAGCUUUUACCCAGUCUGAACAUCCAGAUAGAGGUUACAGGAGAUCCUCUACCGCGGCCUGCAAGAGACACACAAGGGUGGUUGUAAAAGACACACAAACUGGAAAAUGAGGGAUAGGAUACACUAAGAAGGUAACAUUUAAAAGAGGGGAUAAAAACACAAAAGGGGAAAGAAAUUUAAAAGGGGUUAAGAGACACACAGGUGAAGAUGCAUGGGGGGCCUGCAUCUUCACUUGUGUAGCUAAAAAAUCUUUGCACUGGCCCUGGACUGAUCCCACCCAUACGGUUGGUACAAACCCACAAUGCGGCUAUCUCUGCACGAGAGAUUCAGCAACCCCAGACUAUUGUAUCAGCCUUUGUUAGGCUUCGUCAGUGAAAUAUAGAGAAAUAAAGGAAGGGAUUACUACAGCAAGAACAUUUUUAUAAACCAUUGUUGCAUCAAUAUAGUCAGCAUAUUCCAGGAGAAAAAAAGAGAGAGGGCAUCAUGGUGCAUUAGGCUCUCUAUUUUUUUACCUAGUUAUUUUAGUAAGCUGGUUUGUUCCUAAACAUUUGUACAGUCGACAAUGACCCACUAUCAGAAGUUGUGACAGCAGAAUGUAGAAAGUAGAAAAAUGUUUAAACACACGGUCAAGUCUUGCAUUCGAUGGGCAUUUCACACAUAAACAUGGGAUGAUCAGGAUUGUAAUCUGACCAUGAUCCCCUCUCUCUUUUAUGCUGACUUUAUUGAUACAACUAUGGUAUACUAAAAUCACAUUUUCACUUCCUUUGCUUUCUCUUCAAUUUACUUUAGUUUUUUUUGAGAGAGCCAUCUCUGUGUAUAUAUCUUGUAUUUGACAAUUUUCAAAGCAAUAUAUAUAUGUUGUGAGCAACAUAGCUUUUGACUUAAUGUGACCUCUUAUGUCAGGAUUUAAUUUGUGUUCUCCAGUUAGAAAUUUUAGGACUGUGGCUACCUCUAGUGGUCACACAGCAUUACUGCAUGUUCUCAUUUAUAUGGCUCUGAUUCUUAAUCAAGCCAGCAAUUAUAGUGCUUAGGGAGAUAUUGGCAAGAUUUAUUGGAGUAUUUAUCUCAGUUUAUGUAUAGUGUGGAAAGUAGAUUUGGAUUCUGAUUUUCCUACUUUUGAUAUAAUCGUUGAAAUAAACUUUUACGCUUGAUUAGAUUUUUCUUUUAUUCAAUAAAUGUAAUGAAAGUUAUAUUUUAUACUUGACAGAUACCACAUCUAUUUUGAAAAUGAUUUAGUUCAGGGCUAAAACCCCCUGGUCUAGAGGCAGACCUACCUAUUAAGACUCAUUUUGUUAGGAAGAAUUUGUGUAGUAAUAUCAGGGAGAAAAAAGCAGUAAUGGGAACUGGCAGAGUUCUGCAGCACUGAGUACACUAUGAAACUACAAACAGUUAUUUUUUAACUAUUUGAGUGCCAAGGUCUGCUAAAUGCAGUCAAUGUAUUUGAAAUCCCUCUGGUGCUUAAAUAUUUAAUAUUAUAAAUCGAAACAUAUUAAAAACCCUUUUCUUUGUAGUGUCAGUUAUAAAAUGUUUUACACCUACCUGUCCAAAAUCAGAGCAUUAUUGAAGUAACACUCCUAAAUUAAUAGAUAGUUUUACCUUACAUGAAUGAUGGUGCAUGGAGGUCCCGUGCCCCUGUUUCCUUAGAUGUGCAAUCUUUACAUGACAGCAAUUAGAAGAAUUUACCGCAGCUAUUAAACUACAGAGAAAAACCCUUUAAACCAAAUUGAUCUGAAUUUUGUUAAUGAAAAAAGAUUCGGACAACAAAUUAGAUGAACCAAAAGGCUGUGAAAAUGGGCAAUCAGUGUACUGCUAAAUAUAUACACAAUAUAAUUACUAUGUAUAUAUAUUGUAAUACACUGCUAGGUGCAUUGUCCCAGAGGCAGUAAAAAUAAUCUAUAUUUAUACAUUCAUUAAAUACAUAAAUAUAUACUUUUUUUAACUUCUCCUUUUUUCCUCUUUACUGAUCUGUGAAUAAAAGCAACAUUUAGUGGCUGUCCUCUAGCAAUCAGUUAGCCUUUUGUCCCAUCAAUCAGCACUUUCUUUGGCUACACAAGUGGAAUUCUGAAUCAUAAAUCAAAGUAUGGUGUCCUGCCUAUUUGCACCAACAUUGAAGUCCUGGUCUUUGGAUUUAAAGCUGGAUCAGUUAGAGCAGGCUUUUACUGCUCUUUUUUUGUGAGUGAUAUUCCUAAUUUUAUUUGCUGGUUUUUAUAUUUAUGUAAACAAUAUUAUACUAUGUUUCUCCAUUUUAUAUCUCUUUUUACAUAUGUUCUUAUGUGAUUUGGAGAAUUUAAGGAGAUAUACAUUUCCCUUGUAAGUUAUUUGUUUUGGAUAUUGAAUUUUUACACCAUCACAUUUGCAUUUUGCACUUAUGUCACACUGAAUGUGAUUAUAUUGUAUACACACUCUGUGUUUUUGCACAAAUUAUUGCACUAUCUGCACUUUUUAAUAUUUAAAGGUACAGCGCACCUAUUUUUAUUUUGCAUAAAUCAAAGUAUGCCCGACUAUUAUGCAUUUGUGAUUUGGCUGCAUUUCGGCUUAAAGUUCGAUAAUUCGUCCCAAAGACAGAUGAAUUACAGUUCAUAAUGAAACAGAUCUUCAAGUCUAGCAGCUAUAAGCCUGCACCUCACUCAGAUAUGUCCUUGGGGUACAGCAUGCGUAAGUCAAUCAUUCAACAAACGGGAUAAGCAUUGACUAGUAGCGAAUUUCUAACUUUUUUCACCACUACAUAUGGGUUUCCAUUCUUUUGUAUUUCACUAGUUUUCCUUAUAUAUGAGUUUUAUUUUUAUUGAUUUAUGUUAUUAUGCACAUUACAGAAAGACUGACAUGACAAAUUAUGUGUUUUCCUUGAAAAUGGGAAUUGAAAAGAACGGAAAAACAAACUGCAACUUUUAAGCCAAAAUAGUUAAGCACUAGCAAACUGUUUUUUAUUUUGGCCUACAAUUUGCAAUACCUUGUUCAUUUGCAGAAUUGUCCAUUUCUACAUUGCUUGGUGUCAAAGAAUAGUAACUGUGAAAGCCUGUAUUAAGUUUAUCUUACAAAGACCAUAUAGUAUUUACCUGAAUCUAAGGAGAGCUGGAUGACCCAUAAGGUGUCAUAGGCAGCUUCCUAGGAACUGGGCUCAGACAGGAGCUCUAGCUCUGGUUGUAAGCGAGUCCUUCUUGAGCUAGCAAAGAGAUCAAAAAUAUCUCGCUUCUCGGCACUGUGCUUGGGGAGCCUUGUAGCACCAAUAUUGGGUACGGAUCACUUUAAUAGUUCCCACACAGUCCCCCAUCAUUUCACAAAGAUUUAGAUUCUUAGUCAUUAACUGAGUACCAGAACCUCAAAGGAGGUCUUGAAGUAUUCUGCCCUUGAUACUGGUGCAGACCACAAUGCUAUCCCACUGUACCACAAGGGAAAUAUAAGCAGGAAGGAAGCAAAACACACACUCGGACACUACACACGAAACACAGCCACACUCAAACUCCCUACAUACACACAACUCAUACUUUGGGAAACCUUAAUUUAACUUUGGAAAUAACUUUCCGCAAUCAAAGUUUAGAGAUCCAUUAAACUAUUAAACUAGCUUUUAUAUUCCUUUUUUUUUUUCAAGUUUUAUUUUAUUGAAAAUUUCACACAUUACAGAUACAUAAAAGAAAAUGGGAUAACUGGGUAUAAAUGGAAUCGUGUACACAUCGCCAGUAGCCUUCACUAUUCUAGAACAUUGGCACAUUAAUCCUGGCAAUGUUUGUUAUUGUAAUCAUAAACAUAUACUCACAAUCCCAGUCACAUCCCUCUCCUUGUUUAUACCAACCUCUUUCCUCUGCCCUCCCAAGAACAUCUCUUCUAUAGGGAACAUAUGCCCUAUGGGGUAAAUCCGCACCUCACGGUCAAGGUAGAAGAAUUGCACUAGUCGUACUAGCUUUUAUGUUUUUUUAAAUAUUGUGUUUACAAAAUAAACCCUAACAUAUCAUAAACAUAGAUGCAGUCAAAUAAACCACAACUUUUACAGACUUUAAAACAAAAAGGUUCCAUUUAUUAAUACAUUGCCUGAAUAACAACAGUAAAAAGCAUACUAGGUUUAUGAUAUGUACUUUUAUAGUAUAGACUUUGCCCCUGGUCAUUUUAAUGGCACACUCAAAGAAAUUAUGAAUUAUUUCCUAGGCACGAAGGAGAUGUGCAGCAUUUCAAAGUCAUGCGGGACAACCGUGGAAAUUAUUUCCUAUGGACAGAGAAAUUCAAGUCAAUCAACAAGAUGGUGGAGUACUACAAAACGUCAUCUAUCUCUAGACAGCUACAGAUUUACCUUCGAGAAGAUGCACCAGAAACAGAGGUAUGCAAUACUAAGACUCAGUCAUAUUGUUCAGACCCAUGGUUCUUAGACCAAUGUUUCCCAUUCCUUAAAGUGUAGCAAUGGUCUAUUCCUAUACUGCCUAAUCUAGUGUCAGUGUAUGAAUGUAUGUGUCUAUAUGAAUUUGAUUGUGUGUGCUUAUAUAUGAAUGUGUGUUCAUAAAUUUGUGUGUCCAUGUAUGACUGUGCAUAAGAAUGUGAAAAUGUUUGUAUGAAUGUGAGUAUGUGUGAUAUCUAUCUAUAGCUAUCUAUAUAUGCAUAUAUAGAUAGAUAUCACACAUGCUCACAUUCAUACACACAACCAUUCAUACACACAAAUAUAUAUACAGUUGCAAGAAAAAGUAUGUGAACCCUUUGGAAUGAUAUGGAUUUCUGCACAAAUUGGUCAUAAAAUGUGAUCUGAUCAUCAUCUAAGUCACAACAAUAGACAAUUACAGUCUGCUUAAACUAAUAACACACAAAGAAUGAAAUGUUGCCAUGUUUUUAUUGAACACACCAUGUAAACAUUCACAGUGCAGGUGGAAAAAGUAUGUGAACCCCUAGACUAAUGACAUCUCCAAGAGCUAAUUGGAGUGAGAUGUCAGCCAACUGGAGUCCAAUCAAUGAGAUGAGAUUGGAAGUGUUGGUUACAGCUGCCCUGCCCUAUAAAAAACACACACCAGUUCUGGGUUUGCUUUUCACAAGAAGCAUUGCCUGAUGUGAAUGAUGCCUCGCACAAAAGAGCUCUCAGAAGACCUACGAUUAAGAAUUGUUGACUUGCAUAAAGCUGGAAAGGGUUAUAAAAGUAUCUCCAAAAGCCUUGCUGUUCAUCAGUCCACGGUAAGACAAAUUGUCUAUAAAUUGAGAAAGUUCAGCACUGCUGCUACUCUCCCUAGGAGUGGCCGUCCUGUAAAGAUGACUGCAAGAGCACAGCGCAGACUGCUCAAUGAGGUGAAGAAGAAUCCUAGAGUGUCAGCUAAAGACUUACAAAAGUCACUGGCAAAUGCUAACAUCCCUGUUAGCGAAUCUACAAUACGUAAAACACUAAACAAGAAUGGAUUUCAUGGGAGGAUACCACAGAGGAAGCCACUGCUUUCCAAACAAAACAUUGCUGCACGUUUACAGUUUGCACAAGAGCACCUGGAUUUUCCACAGCAGUACUGGCAAAAUAUUCUGUGGACAGAUGAAACCAAAGUUGAGUUGUUUGGAAGAAACACACAACACUAUGUGGCGAAAAAAAGGCACAGCACACCAACAUCAUGGUUUGGUGCUGCUUUGCUGCGUAAGGGCCUGAGCGGAUUGCUAUCAUCGAAGGAAAAAUUAAUUCCCAAGUUUAUCAAGACAUUUUGCAGGAGAACUUAAGGCCAUCUGUCUACCAGCUGAAGCUCAACAGAAGAUGGGUGUUGCUGUGAGAUGCUGUGGCAUGACCUCAAGAAAGCGAUUCACACCAGACAUCCCAAGAAUAUUGCUGAACUGAAACAGUUCUGUAAAGAGGAAUGGUCAAGAAUUACUCCUGACCGUUGUGCACGUCUGAUCUGCAACUACAGGAAACGUUUGGUUGAAGUUAUUGCUGCCAAAGGAGGUUCAACCAGUUAUUAAAUCCAAGGGUUCACAUACUUUUUCCACCUGCACUGUGAAUGUUUACAUGGUGUGUUCAAUAAAAACAUGGCAACAUUUCAUUCUUUGUGUGUUAUUAGUUUAAGCAGACUGUGAUUGUCUAUUGUUGUGACUUAGAUGAUGAUCAGAUCACAUUUUAUGACCAAUUUGUGCAGAAAUCCAUAUCAUUCCAAAGGGUUCACAUACUUUUUCUUGCAACUGUAUAUGUAAAAAACAGAUACAAUUUGUAUCUUAUAAUACCUUUUUUUAUUGGACUAACAGAAUUUUUUAAUGACAAGCUUUCAGGAGAACCUCCCUUUCUCAAGUCUGAAGCAUUUCUGAGCAAGACGACACAUAGAAUUCAAAGUUGAGUUGUAACACAGGGGUUAAAGGAACAUGAGUGCAGAUAAGACAUGGGUUUGAUAGAACAUAGACACCAUUUUUGCAGAGGGUCUUAUGUGAAGAUCACAGAGUGAGGGGGGAGAGAGAGAAAAAAAAACAAGCGAACAGUGCAGAAGAUGGUGCUAGAAGGGGGGGGGGGAGUAUUAAUAUAAAGAAUGCAUGGAUUCCCAUCCAAGAGUUACAGGAUAUGCAUGAAGGCCUAUAUCCAGCAUACACAGACACACAUACACACUCACACUCAUGUACUUAAACACAAGUAGUGCAUAUGUACAAGUAUACACAAGAAAAUACACACUAUACACAAGUACAUACAAUAUACAUAUAAAUACAACCAAAUUCACAAAUAUAUGUACAUGCACACCAACACAUACAUGCCCACACAAGCACCAAUACAUGUAACUACACAUAUACCAAUGUGCCUACAGAUACAUCAACCCAUAUAUAUGUAUAUGUAUACAUACACCUAUUCACAUAUACAUACAUGCAUGUAUAUACAUACUUUAUACAUAGACACACACACAAAUAUAUAUAUAUAUAUAUAUAUAUAUAUAUAUAUAUGUAUAAACAUUAACACAUAUACAUAUACAUGCACAUGAACUCAUAUACACAAAUAUAAAUGCACAGUCACAUAUAUCAGCAUAUAUGCAUAAGAGUAUGGGAAAGCAUAGAUCUGCACACAGUACUUUGUAUUUUGAUAGAAUAAACAUAUUGGAAUGCGUUUUAAAGUGUUGAUACAGUAAGAUAAUGCUGGGAGAGUGUUCAUGUAAAGUGUUGGUAGUAGGACAGGAAACAAAAAUCAAUAUUAGUCCUCUAUUCUUGCUGUUAAACAAUUUGAUCAUUCUGGCUUCAAAGGUUUUUCUUUCUUGGGUAUUUUUAAAACCCCCUUUCAGGACUUUGAUUUAGGUCCUUCAUUGAGUGGCCUGGCUGGGUAAAGUGGUGUCCCACAGGAGUGCUGUACAAUCCUUCUUUGUGGUGUUUAAUGGAGUGUCUGUGCAUAUUCAUUCUGCCAUUUAAUGGCUGGGUGGUUUCCCUAAUGUAGCAUCCUAGGUGGCAUUUGGUCCAUUGAAUCAUGUAUACCACAUUGCUGGAUGUGCAGGAGUAUGAUCCUUUAAUGCUGUAGGUUUUAUUGUUGUGUGUGGCUGUGUUGUCUGUGCAUAUGUGCAGACACAGUUUGCAGCGAGGUUUUUGCAUUGACUGGUCCCGUUUUCUUUAUUUUUCCCACCAGUGGGUAACUUCCUGUUGAUUAAUUUUUGUUGGAGGUUUGGUGGUUGUCUGAAGGCCAAAAUGGGUGUUUCAGAGAAAAUGUUUUUCAGAGUAUAUACACAGUUGCUUGUUUCAUGUAGCUGCACAACCACCAAUAUUUAAUAUUUGACUCAUGUUGGGUCUAGUGAAGAGCAGAAACAUAAGGAAUGGCACAGUUCCAAGACUAAACCUUUGCUCUGCAAGUUGGAAUCAGAAAUCCUCAAUGACCAUUCUUUUGCAGGGGCCAUUCGGUGAAUCAAAAGUCCAGAAGUCUGUUGCAGAGAGGUACCCUGUAGCUCGCCAGGAACAGAAAGAGGUAAGGUCCCUUUACCUGCAUAUUUGCAUAGCAAUAGCAGUGACCAAUAACCACAGACUUUAAAUUUAGACAGGCAACCUUUUCUGGGUUUUCAAUGAUUAGAGCCCCAUUGCAGCAAUAUUCUUAGGCCCUAUUUAAAUAUUAUCCCUUCCCAAUCUCAGACUCCAUAUACCCUCCCAUCCCCCAUACACAUCUAUUUUCCAUCCUUUUUUAUGCAUUUCCAUGUUUUGUCCCUCUACCUAAUGGUUUAAAAAAAAAAGUACUAUCACCACAAAUUUCUUUUCAACCAGCAUGGGGCCGAUUUUAAUAUUGUUGAAUAAGCUUUUCAAAUGAUUUAAUAUUUUUUCGGAUAAACUUAUAUAUUGAUAGAAUGAUUUAAUAAUAUAUUUACAUGUUGUAUCAUUUAGAUUUUUAUAUAUAUAUAUAUAUAUAUAUAUAUAUUCAUAUUGUAUACAUAUGGUUUAAUAUUUUAAUAUGUUUAAAAAAAAUAAUUUGACAAGUUUAUCCAAAAAUAUUAAAUAAUUUUAAAAGCUAAUCCAACAAUAUUAAGUCAAGCCAAUAAUCACAGCAGCUCAUUGUAAUACUAUAGAGGGACCCUUUGACAUUGUAAAAUUUACCACAAACAACACUUUAGGAUAGCGAUCAAGAUCAUAUAUAUUGGUAACAGUAAAAAUGAUAUUGUUAUUUUAUUCAUACCAUGUAAAUGUAUGAAAUGAAAGAAAAAUUUAAUGGUUUUUUUUUUUUAAACUUUAAUUUCAGAUAAACUGAAGGGUUGUUUGAGAGAUUACAGUGUAGUUAGACAUUUGGCCACUAGAGAGCAGCAAAAGACAAUGUUAUGAAUUGCUUGUUUAUGUAUCAUGCCCACUGGAAUACACUAACCAACCAUAAUGAAAAGCUUAUUUGCAGUCUAAUCCUGUAAACACAGAAUGGUUUAUUCAUUAGUCAAAUGUGGAGACUUAAAAAUUUAAUUUGCCAAAUUUGUUCUAGAAUAGCGAAGCUGGAAAAAUGUUCCAGUUAUAUUUUUGGUUUGACAAGUUAAGCUGAAUUUAGUAAAUAAAGCGUUUAGUAAGUAAAUCACCAAAGUCUUUUUAUUAGUCUAUAUUACAUUGUAGAUAUAAGUACAUACAUUGAAGUAUACUUAAACCAUACUUCUUUUUUAUCUUUUGCAAACCCAGCAACUAACUAAAUAUAGUGUUGUGCUGUUUGUUUUUAACAAAUGGGUUUUUUUUUUGUUGUUGUUUUUUUAACUUAAAUCUUAUGCAAGACUUUCAAGGCACAAAGAUGUAAAAAGCUUCAUGCCAAGUGUGCGUGAAGUACUUAAACCCUCAACCAAAAAGCUUCAAAUACCCCCCUCCUCCCCUCAUCCACCCUGUCCUCCUUCCCCAUGCCCCCAUGUCCCUUGAUUUGAAUGAAUAUCAAAUUGCUUUAACCCCUUAAGGACCAAACUUCUGGAAUAAAAGAGAAUCAUGACAUUUUACACAUGUCACGUGUCCUUAAGGGGUUAAAAUAUAUACACGUGGCACAUUUUUUACCAUUUCCUUUUAAGGAAAAGAGAUACAACAUUCUAUAACUGUGUUUAUUUAUCUUAAUCCAUGACUGAUUUACUGAAUUUAUUUUCUGCUAGGUCUCAGUUGUCCCAAAGCGUUCUAGAAGGGUCAAGGCUCUCUUCGAUUUCAAAGCCAUGGAGCCAGAUGAACUGGACUUUCAUGCUAGUGACAUAAUUGAAGUACUGGACUACUCUAAUUCUUCCUGGUGGAUGGGGAGAUUAGGGGACAGAGUGGGCCUUUUCCCUUCCAAUUACGUAGCAAGCAUCGACCGAUGACAACAUGAAAGUGCAGAUAAAGGAAGCUCCUUAGGUGAUCGGAGAGAGGAAGGACAUCACCUGGCCAAAAACUGCUGAGAAGUACCUAGCAGAUAAUUACUACAUUUUUAGGUGGGGUAAUAGUUGGUAAAAACAGCCUUUGGUACCCUGUAGCUAAAUAAAUAAAUGAAUGAUAAUAUAUACUUCCACGAAAGUAUGUUAAAACAAAAUAUUGAUCAUGUUAUAUGUUUUAUAGAGUGAGUUUUAUUUUAAGAUUUUACUAUAUUUUGUAUGCAUUUUCCUUGCUACAUUGUUCUGUUACACAACAGAAAAUGAGUAAGCGCUAAUUAACAAAUAGGCAGCAACCCUAAAAAGGGAAAUCCCUCAAAACCCUUUUGAAAUUCCAGAAAAGUGACAGAAAAAGAAAUAAGGGCUGCACCAAAUCCAAUAACAAGAGAUAAAACUAUGUCCAAAAAAUCACAGUAAAAUAGUCCAAAUGGAAGGAUCUCACUCUGAUCUAAAGUGCUUUGUCGGACGUU